GAUGGCAGGCGCUGGUGAGCGCAAAGGCAAGAAAGAUGACAACGGCAUUGGCACGGCCAUUGAUUUUGUGCUCUCCAACGCCCGGCUGGUGCUGGGGGUGGGUGGAGCAGCCAUGUUGGGCAUCGCCACGCUGGCAGUUAAGCGGAUGUACGAUCGGGCGAUCAGUGCCCCUACAAGUCCCACUCGCCUGAGCCAUUCGGGGAAGAGGAGCUGGGAAGAACCAAACUGGAUGGGCUCCCCUCGGUUGCUGAAUAGGGACAUGAGGACAGGCCUGAGCCGGUCCCUGCAGACCCUCCCCACAGACUCCUCGGCCUUUGACACAGACACAUUCUGCCCGCCCCGGCCCAAGCCACUGGCCAGGAAAGGCCAGGUAGACUUGAAGAAGUCACGACUCCGCAUGUCCCUGCAGGAGAAACUUCUUUCUUACUACCGGAGCCGGGCAGCCAUCCCUGCUGGAGAGCAGGCUCGGGCCAAGCAAGCUGCCGUGGACAUAUGUGCCGAGCUCCGGAGCUUCCUGCGGGCCAAGCUGCCUGACAUGCCACUUCGGGACAUGUACUUGAGUGGCAGCCUCUAUGAUGACCUACAGGUAGUGACAGCUGACCAUAUCCAGCUCAUCGUGCCCCUUGUGCUGGAGCAGAACCUGUGGUCUUGCAUCCCUGGCGAGGACACUAUCAUGAACAUCCCUGGCUUCUUCUUGGUUCGCCGUGAGAACCCGGAGUACUUUCCGCGUGGCAGCAGUUACUGGGACCGCUGUGUAGUAGGGGGCUACCUCUCCCCAAAGACAGUGGCAGAUACAUUUGAGAAGGUAGUGGCAGGUUCCAUCAACUGGCCAGCCAUAGGGUCCCUCUUGGACUAUGUGAUCCGACCAGCACCGCCCCCAGAGGCCCUGACGCUAGAAGUGCAGUAUGAGCGGGACAAACAUCUCCUUAUUGACUUCCUGCCUUCGGUGACCCUUGGUGACACUGUCUUGGUAGCCAGACCACACCGGCUAGCCCAGUAUGACAACCUGUGGCGGCUGAGCCUGCGUCCAGCCGAGACGGCACGCCUGCGGGCUUUGGACCAGGCUGACUCAGGCUGCCGAUCUCUGUGCCUCAAGAUUCUCAAGGCCAUAUGCAAGUCCACCCCAGCUUUGGGCCACCUCACUGCCAGCCAGCUAACCAAUGUCAUCCUCCACUUGGCCGAGGAGGAGGCUGACUGGUCUUCAGACAUGCUGGCCGAUCGUUUCCUGCAGGCCCUGAGGGGACUUAUCCGCUACUUAGAGGCUGGAGUCCUGCCCAGUGCCCUGAACCCCAAGGUGAACUUAUUUGCAGAGCUCACCCCUGAGGAGAUCGACGAGUUGGGAUACACUCUCUAUUGUUCCUUGUCUGAGCCAGAGGUGCUGCUGCAGACCUAAGGGCAGGUGAAGGCCAGAGUAGCUGUCGGGUGGUCAGGCCCGGAUUCUCCUUAGGAACACGCGGCUAUGUAGUUGGUGCCUCCCAGGGCCCCGAGGUGCCUCCUGGUUCUUUCUGGUCAUCGUCUCAGUCACUUCAUGCUGUUUAGAAUGCCGCCUCUUUCAUCCCUUAUUUCCUUACCCAGCCCCAUCUAUUUUUGUUACCAAACACUGUGCUCCCUGCUCCCUGCUUGGUCUAAGCUGAUUUUUUUCUGGAAUGAAUUGAGAAGCUAGAGUGCUGGUGGCCUGAGCUGUUGAGACCACUGGUGUUUGGCAUUUUGUCCCACAUGUCCUGCUUUGUCUGCCCUGCCCUGCCCUGCCCUUUAUUUCUUCCUAUUCAGUGUCUUGUCUUUUUCCUGUCCUCUGUUUUGGUUUUGUUCCUGGAGCAUGACUUGCCUAAUCAAGAUGUUGCCUUUCAGUUCAGUAUCAAAAGAGCUGUGAUUCCAGGGUCGCAAGCUCAACUCUGCAGAGUGAGCAAUGAGACAGUAUUCAGGGUUUCUGGGGUGAGGCUGGCGGAAGAGCUGGUCUUUGACCCUGGUUGGUAGCAAACCCGUCCCUUGACUUCUUCAACCAACUGUUCGUAAAUGCCAAGAAGGUUUCUCCUGGGGUCACUGUUACUGACUGGUACAGGAUCAACAGGAUGUAGUUAUUUGGAGUUUUUAUUUAUUAGUGGCCAUGAGUGCACAGGGUACCAGGAGCUGGUUCCUGGGGCCUGGUGGAGGGCCCGGUCUCAUCAGUGGCUGCCCGUUAGAUAACAAACGGAUGCUGGCUGUAAAGGCCGCACCUCCUGUGGGUGCUCCUUUCAUUCUUUUCCUUCUCAGUUGCCAGUUGGACAAGACCUGGCAGGAGCCCAGGCUUAGCAGUAGAGGCUGAAGGAGGUGGGCAGCAGGCUGUCAGCUGGAAACCCAGGCACGGCCGGGGCUCAGUGAACGUGCUCUGUGUUCUGAAAGACCUCGCCUUUCUAAGAUGUUGCCUUAGAGCAAGAACAGGCCCAGCGGCUAGCGGGCACCCCGCGCCCCAUGUCUGCUGAAGCAUCAGAAAAGAGUUGGCCAAGUGCUCCUGGUACCCAGAGGCCCAAGGGCAGGUGGAAGUGUGCAGCCCUCUUCCCCCGUCCAGUCUCUCGCCAGGCACCUGGCACCUGGGGAGAUCGUGCUACCCAGGAAGAGUACAGAUAAAUCACAGGAUAGGGAGGUGGGUCCUCCCCGUGGUCCUUCUUGGUUCCUGCUGCUAAAAACUGCACUAUUUGUGGCAAUGUAAAUGUAUCCUGAGGGUGAGAGGAGUUUAAUACACCAUGUCCAUGUUUCUGUCUGCUUUGUGUUUUUUCUGUUUGUGGCAGAAAGGCUGACAGUUUUGUUUCUGAUCUGCCCAUCCAGGACUUUGUUCUGAUCGAGUCAUAUUUUAUCUGUUCUUACUACCUCUCCAUCAAUGAGAUUCUGUGUUCUCUGCAGCUGUCUCAUUCCUUCCCAGUGACAGUGACAUGAAAUUACUUAAAAUAGCACUGAUACCCAGCACCCUGCAGUUGAGGGCAGAGAUAGAUGCCUGCCUCUUUUUGUCAUAGAUUAGGAGGUUGAGAAUAACUUCUACUGUAUUUAGAGUUUUUCUGCUGCUCUGGUAUCUGCAAGGUCCCUUGCUUUAUUUGGAUAAGGUGUCAAGAGACAGCUAAAAAGAUAAAGCCAAGAACCUUGAGAGGUGCUGCACCCCAGCUGUCAUUAGAGUUAAAUGAGGGGUGAAGCCCAACCAGGGCUCCAGUGACCCCUCUGGUGUCCUGGGGGUUGUUAAGGGGGUGUCACAGGUGAGAAGCAGGUUGUUAAGAUAAAGGAUUUGGUUCCCCUGCCAUGAGUGUUAUAAAACUCAAAAAUUCCCUAUCCUGUUGUUUGUAUAUAAAACUUUGGAAAGACCUUAAAAAAGAAAAGCUUUAAAGAAUCUCAAGAUUUUAGAGUCUCAAAUUAACAAAAUCAAGUAUAACUGAACUUAGGGAAUUUCUGUCUGUAGGGGCAGUUCUGACUUGUAACUAUGCUUCACAAAACCAAAACCAUAACUGUUUUUUUUUGGUACUGGGGAUCAAACUCAUGACUGUGGGCUUGCCAGGCAGGCAUUCAUGCCACUGAGCUAAAUCCCCAGCCCCCAACUUGCUUACAAGCAAGACCCUUGCCCAUAAAGCUUCAGCACUAAAGCAGUGGAACUCCGCGCUGGUACUGGUUUACGAUUUUCUUCAUGAAAUGAAGAAACUGCCCUCUUCAUGAAGGCAGGCAGCUCCCGGGGAGGCUGGGAUGGAAGGCGGAGUCACCUACAACACAUUCUCCCUUUUAAAAACCUGGAGAAAGACGCAGAGGCCGCCCCACCCUUUCUGUCAAGUAGCUCCCACUUUUGCCUGAAGGAGUAGCAAGUGUUCCUACUUCUCCAUCUGGAGAUCUUUUUUGGUACCUUCUAGAUUAGCAAAUGCACUCAAGUCUGAUGUUUAAAAACACACGCAUCAUUGUCUUGGACACUUCAUAAAUUCCAGGUUCACUUUGGGUCUUCCCUGUUGCCCAUUCUUGACAAAUGAGUUCAGGACAGCAGGAUUUUUCUUUAUACACUGAGUGAUAUUAAAAAUAGACCUUGAAGCUUGUGUUUGGAAGAGCUCUGUUGAGGAAACUUACUGUCUCCUGGGUCUUAGUCUCUGGCCACCCACCUGUUCGGGCUUCCUGUGAGCUAUUUUGCCUCCUUGUAGUCGACUCAGGAGCUCAGGUGGUUCACGUGAGGGGUCAGCUUCAGGAGAGGGCCCUGGGGAGAUCCUGGGUGUGGGGGGUCUGUAAGUAGGGAUCCCUGUACAUGUCCAGAGCCUUGGCAACCUGCCUUGGGACCUGGUUGAGAACUGCUCUGGAGGGCUUUGCCCUUUUACUUGAAGGUCAGAGCCAAGGAGGAUGGUCAGAGACGCGUGGCCCAGAGCUGACUUACUCCUGCGUGGGCUGGGAGGCUGUGCUCUUUAGGCUUACUCUAAGUGGCUGGAAUCCAGGGAUUCAGGUCAGCUAUACCCUGGGUGGUGUUUACUUUUAUUUUGAUCACCUCGUGGUUUAAACUCUUGGUCAGUGAGGCCAAGUCCACAACUUGCCUUCCUCUCACUUGUCUGCCCUUCCGUGGGCGUCAGUCACCAGUCUCUGUGUUGUCUUGGCUAGGACCACUGGAAGUGGCUUAGCCUGGAGACCCAGAGAACUGCUGUCCUUUUUCUCCUUGAGGGGGAAACUGGGGAACACAGUGUCCUUUUCCACAGCAUGGGAAGAAGAAAAUAAAUUCUCCUUUCCAACA